AUGGAUUCAUCAGUAGUUGAUUUAAGUAAUUCCCCGGUGGAGGUUACUUCUAUUGAUCUAUUUAACAAUACUGAAGAACGUUGUGAUGCUUGGAAAUUCUCAUUAAUUGGUCGCUUAGAUUUAUACAGAUUAAAAUUUUCAGAUGAUACUGUAUCGUUGAAGAAUCAGUGGAAAUUAAAGGGUCAAUGUAAGAUGAUUCCCCUGUGGAAAGGUUUCUUUACAAUCAAGCUUGAUAGUGAAAUCGAUAAAAUGACUAUUAAAAGUGGUAAGUGGGAAGUUGAUAAUCAAGUACUUUGGAUUACAAAUUGGAUCCCAGAUUUUUGUCCAGAGAACCAUAGAACAUCAGCUGCUAUGAUUUGGGUUCAUCUUCCUGGUUUGAGUUUGGAGUAUUGGGAUGAGAAUACACUUUUUACAAUCUGCAGAGCUCUAGGAACUCCAGUUAAAGUUGAUGAAGCUACAUUGAAUUAUGAUAAUGGUUAUUAUGCAAGAGUUUUAGUGAAUAUUCAUUUUGCAAACAAAAUUCCAAACAAAUUAUGGAUUACAACUAAGUUUGGUGGAUUUAUGCAGAAUGUGAUCUUAAUAAAGCCUCCCAAAUUAUGUGAUCACUGUAAGAUUGUAGGGCACUUGAAGAUGGAAUGCAUAAUAAAUAAUUUUUCUCCACAGGAAGUUACUAAGCCAACUGUGAAUUUAACACCAAAGAGCACUACUCACUCUCAGGGUAUAAAGUUUGAUAUCAGCGAUCCUUUAUUCUGCUCUGGUAAUCAACACAAAGGUUCUGUUUCUAAUUCCAAAGAGGCUGACAAUUGUGAAACUCCACUUAUGCAAUUUCAAUCUGUUGGAGUGGGUCAUCAAGUAAAUCCAGUGGACAUUUCAGCAGGUAUGUUUGGUUCUUUACAAGAUACUUCUGUGGUUGAAAAUAUAAUUGAAAUGCAUGAAAAUAGUUUAUCUCCAGUGAAUGAUGUGCAAAUAGUGAAAAAUAAUGAUCUUAAUUCAGCACCAAAGGGUAAUGAAAUUCUAUCUCCAACAAGAAUACAACAAAUUGCAGAGGAUAAUGUAGUGGAAAAGAGUGUGAUUAACUUCAUUAAUGGAAAAGAUGGAUCAAUGUCAGAGGAAAGGGUUCCAACUACUUCUUGGUCAAAAAUAAUUCAAAAACCUUCAACUUCAACAAUAAAGCCUGCUCCAAUGCAACAAAAGGAGGUUCCAACAAAGAACAAAUCUCAACAAGUUAACAACAAAUAUAACUUCAGAAAGAAUCAAGGAAAGGGAGGUACUAAUUACCUCCAAUCCUUACAAUGA